GAGCGAGAGGGGGAACCCAGAGGACGUCAGUUAUUGCUGAUGGAAGAGACUGUUCUGAAGGGUCACCAAGCUCUCCUUAACCCAGGAGAGGAGAACGAGCAGGACAUUUUUGGUUACAAGACCAAUAGCUGCCGCAGAGCCAUGUGCAAUGUUGGAGCUGUGCUGACCUGUGGAUUUCUGCUGCUCGUGUUUUACUGGAAGCCGGAGUGGGAUGUCAGGGCUCAAUGUAGCCGGUGCUCUCUGCAAGAUGCUGACGUUCUCCUAAUUAGGCCAACCGGGGAAUGUAAAGUUUGGGUUAAAAAGAAAGUCAUGUGGAUUCAGCUAUCCUCACAAUGUAACCCAAGUCGGCUGCCGUGCCCUCUCAUCGCUGAUCAGAUCUCAUUCCUGAACAAAAUCAUUAUGGAACCCGAUUUAAAAGUACGAUAUGUCCAAGUUCAGAAGAUCAGGUACAUCUGGAAGAUUAAUGAAAAGCAGUUUGUCAGAGUCGGGGGACUGGAGGACAGCCACUCCUGCAGUGAUAUCCGUUCUAAGUUUGGCUCAGGAUUAACUGCAGCAGAAGCAAACACCAGGAGAUUAAUAUUUGGACCCAAUACAAUCGAUAUACAGAUUAUUCCACUUUGGAAAUUACUUUGCAAAGAGGUUUUGAACCCAUUUUAUGUCUUCCAGGUUUUCAGUGUGUGCCUGUGGAUUUCUAAUGACUACAUAGAAUAUUCAGUAGCUAUUAUAAUCAUGUCCCUCAUUUCCAUUGCCUUUUCUGUUUACGAAGUACGGCAGCAAUCGGUAAAGCUGCACGGACUGGUGGAAUCUCACAAUCACAUGACAGUCACUGUCUGCAGAAAAGAUGUAGGAUAUCAAGAGGUGCUGUCUAGUCAACUCGUACCUGGGGACCUUUUCCUCGUCACAGGGAACAAACGGGUGCUGCCGUGCGAUGCUGUCCUGAUCCAGGGAGGCUGCAUUGUAAACGAGAGCAUGCUCACCGGUGAAAGCGUGCCCGUGACUAAGACACCGUUGCCAAGUGUAGCUGGUCCUACCUCGUGGUGGAGUUCUAGCGCUGAUCACAAGCUCCACCUCCUCUUCUGUGGAACUCAAGUGAUUCAGACCAAGACCGGCAGCCAGGGAGAAGUCAAAGCAGUCGUCCAUCGAACAGGUUUCUCCACUGCCAAGGGCGAGCUGGUCAGGUCCAUUCUGUACCCGAAGCCAAUGGACUUCAAGCUUUACCAGGACGCCUUCCGCUUCCUCAUGUGCCUCGGCGUCAUUGCCAUCCUGGGGAUGAUCUACACCAUCUGCGUCUUUUUAGUAAAAGGGAGAUCUGUGGUUGAGAUGGUGAAGAAGGCCCUAGAUGUAAUCACUAUUGCGGUCUCUCCUGCCCUGCCUGCCUCCAUCACUGUGGGAAUCAUCUAUAGCACGAGACGGCUGAAAAAGAAAGGAAUCUUUUGCAUCAGCCCGCAAAGGAUCAAUGUUUGUGGACAACUGAACCUCGUCUGUUUCGACAAGACCGGGACUCUGACCGAAGAAGGAUUGGAUCUGUGGGGCCUAGCAACAGUUAAAGGGAAAGGUUUACAGAGCAUCUUCCGGUUCAGCGGCAGAGAUAUCCUUCCAUGGGGGCCGUUUUUUGGGGCUCUGGCCAGCUGCCACUCCUUGAGCCUUUCGGACAACAAUCUCCAAGGUGACCCACUGGACCUGAAAAUGUUUGAAGCCACUUGCUGGGAAAUCGAUGAAAAUCAGCAGGACGGAGGAUCAAAUUUCUUUAUUGUCAAGCCAGGACCCAAAGCCAAUAAGGAAUCGGUCCAAGGGAUAAUUGUGCUGAACCAGUUCCCAUUCUCCUCCGCUCUCCAGAGGAUGUCAGUUGUAACUCAGUUGGUUGGAAGAGAUAAAUUCACCGUUUACCUGAAAGGGGCACCAGAGACAGUGGCUGCUCUCUGCAUCCCGACCACAGUCCCCCGGACAUUCUCCACUGAGCUCCAGCGCUACACAACACAGGGUUUUCGGGUAAUCGGAUUCGCAUACAAAUCCCUUUGGAACGGCAGAGUUGUUCCGGUCACGAGUCUAAAGAGGGAGGAGGUGGAAUCUGAUCUGGUUUUCUUGGGUUUUCUGAUCCUGGAGAACAAGCUGAAAAGCCAAACCAUCCCAGUGCUCGAGGAGUUACUCCGAGCCAGGAUCCGAACGGUUAUGAUCACAGGUGACAACCUGCAGACAGCUGUUACAGUGGCCAGAAAAUCUGGGAUGAUCCCAGCGGGUCAGAAGCUGAUGCUGAUCGACUCCUCCGAUGGGAAUGAGUGUGCUCACGCUUCCAUCAGCUGGAAACUCAUGGAAAGUGGCAAGGACAAUGGUCAGGAAACCAAAAUUCAGAUGGAUAAUUUUGAGAAGAAAAGAAACUUUCAUUUUGCUCUAAGCGGAAAAUCCUUUGAUGUUCUCCUUCAGCAUUUUUACCAUUUAUUACCCAAGAUACUUGUAAACGCCACAGUUUUUGCCAGAAUGUCACCAAGCCAGAAAGGAAGCCUCAUUCAAGAGUUUCAAAAGUUGGAUUACUGUGUGGGCAUGUGUGGAGAUGGUGCCAAUGACUGUGGUGCUUUAAAGAACGCUCACGCUGGAAUCUCACUGUCAAAGUAUGAAGCCUCUGUAAGCUCUCCCUUCACGUCAAACAUUGACAACAUAGAAUGUGUCACAGUACUGAUCAAGGAGGGUAGAGCAGCUCUCGUCACCUCCUUUUGCAUGUUUAAAUUCAUGGCGAUUUACAGCAUGAUACAAUACCUUGCGGUUUUGCUUCUGUACUGGAAAUUAAAUACCUUUGGGGGCUACCAAUUUCUGUUCCAGGAUCUAGCUAUCAUCACGAUUGUUGGCAUGACAAUGAACCUGAACCAUGCUUAUCCAAUGAUGGUGCCGUACAGACCACCCAGUCAGCUCAUCUCUCCACCUCUCCUGCUCUCUGUCCUCCUCAACAUCGCCCUGAACCUGGCUCUCAACAUAGUCGGCUUCGUGAUGGUGACGAACCAGCCCUGGUACUCGCACACAGAUAUGCACAGCGCUUGUCGACCAGAAAACAACCUAACCACUACAUCUGUGCACAAUGUAACCGCAGUUAACCAGCCUUCAUUCCACUCGUUUGCGAGCAGUCACUUUCAGAGCUAUGAGAAUACCACAGUGUGGUUUCUGUCUACCCUGAGCCUUGUGACGACAGCUUUUGUCAUGUGUAAAGGAAAGCCCUUCCGACAACCCAUUUAUACCAACUAUCUGUUUAUCCUUGUCCUAUUGGCCCAGAGUGGAAUUUGCCUCUUUCUCCUCUUUGUUGACCACGGUGGAGUGUACAAGGUGAUGGAUCUUGUUUGCACUCCAUACAAGUGGCGAGUCUAUGUUCUGAUCAUGGUGGCUGUUCACUUCGUGAUCGUGAACCUCGUAGAGGAAAUGCUGAUAGAAAACCACCGCCUCUGGCUGUCCCUGUGGAGGUCCUGUGGGAUGAGGCCAGCGGGGGCUUACAGGAAGCUGGAGAACACCACCAGCAGAGACACCAACUGGCCCCCACCGGACGGCACCGGUCACGAGGCGUCGGGAACCACAGGAGAGAAGUCGCCGGAAAGCUACUGCAACGACACUUACACUUACAAAAAGGACGGGCCCAAUGCAGAGCCUGUGAAUGGGUACUCGCUCCCCAGGCCCCCCAGUGACCAACAGCCAAACCACUGGGGCGUAGACAUCGAGAACUCUCACUUAUAGCGUCGCCGACACGUCACGUGUAAAUAUGAAGAACUGCCAACU